AUGGCAUCAUUAAAAAAAAUAAAAGAAGCUAUCGAAAAAGAAGAAAUUAAAUUAUUUGAGUAUAGUUCUUUUGGAAAGUUAAAGUUCCUAGGUGAAGGAGGAUUUGGCGAUGUAUAUCAAGCUUGUUCAGAAGCUAGAAAAGAAGUUGUAGCCUUAAAAAAAGUUCGUGAUAACCAAGAUGACAAAACUUGUAAUAAAGAAAAAUUAUUCUUGCAGUUGAUAAAUAACGAAAUAUGUCUUGACAUUGCACAUCCUGAUACUCAAGAAUAUUGUAUGGUUCUUCAAUUCGCAAAUAAUGAAGACCUUGGGAGCUAUCUACAAAAACAUUUUUCUAAAUUGGACUGGAAAGAUAAAUUUAGAAUGGCAAAAGAAAUUUCUAGAGGAAUUAGUUGCUUACAUAGUGCGAAUAUUGCUCAUCGUGACCUUCAUGAUAAGAACAUAUUAGUGCAUAAUGGCAGAAUGAUAAUUGCCGAUUUCGGUUUAUCUAAAUCGUUAGGAACUAAUUCAAUAUCUAUUGAUGGUGGACAUAAUAAUGAGUUAGUAGUAAAAUCGCAG